AUGUCUUCCUCAUCAAGUGAUGAAGUUGAUGAAGCUUUAGAAGAAAUGGUCGACCAAGUAGUUGAUAAUUUCAUCGACUCAGUGAUAGAUGCUCACCCCAACAAGCAGAAAAGACGGGCUUAUAUCGAAAGACAUCGUGAACAAGGACUCAAUCAGCUAUGGAACGAUUAUUUCCAAGAAAAUCCUACAUACCCACCGCAAAUGUUUAGGAGGCGUUUUCGAAUGAACAAGCCAUUGUUCCUCCACAUUGUCGAACGUGCAAGUAAUGAAGUUCCAUACUUUCAGCAAAGACGAAAUGCUUGCGGAAGGUAUGGGCUAUCUGCACUUCAAAAGUGUACGGCAGCUAUACGUAUGCUGGCAUAUGGUCAAUCAGGAGAUACAUAUGACGAGUAUCUCCGACUUGCUAACAGUACUUCACGUUUAUGUUUGGAAAAUUUCACUAAUGCAAUUAUAAAAUUGUUUGGAGAUGAGUAUCUACGCAGCCCUACAGCUGAGGAUCUUCAACGAUUGCUCGAUGUUGGAGAGGUACGCAGUUUUCCAGGGAUGAUAGGCAGCAUCGAUUGUACCUUCAAUGAUAUCAAUGUUCUUGAUCGGUCACCGGUUUUCGAUGACAUCGUACAAGGCCGAGCACCAAAAGUUAAGUUCAAGGUCAACAACCACACUUAUCGUAUGGCCUACUAUCUUACUGACAGAAUUUAUCCAAACUGGUCAACAUUUAUCCAAUCCAUCCCACUUCCUCAAGGUCCUAAAGCCGAGAAAUUUGCAAAAAAGCAAGAAUCCGCCAGAAAAGAUGUCGAACGGGCUUUUGGAGUAUUACAAUCAAGGUUUGCAAUUGUUAAAAACCCAGCUCUACUAUGGGACAAGGAAAAGAUAGGAAAGAUAAUGAGAACUUGUGUCAUAUUGCACAAUAUGAUAGUGGAGAACGAACGACACGGAUACGCUCAAAUUGACACAUCUGAGUUCGAGUCAGUAGAAGUUCGAGGGUGA